GGGGAGCACACACUUUUGCAUAACGCAUAACGCAUAAUGCAUAAGGAAAUGAGCCAAUCAGAAUCUCUUAUUUUUAUCCCCACUCUUCGUUCCGAGGAGCUUGCAUUGUGCAUAAAACAUAAUGCAUAAGGGGUCGAAAAAUACGUAAGAAUGAAUUUUUAUGGUUAUGGAUUGUGCGAAGAGACGUGUUGCGUGCUGCGUACUACAUACAACAAACUACGUUUCCAACCUUUCUAACCUUUUCGCAAUAUUCAAUGAAGGAAAAUGGAUCAUGAUUCAUAUCAUUAUGCUUCGUCAUAUCAAGACGAGAACGAAGAUUUUGAUUAUGGGAGUAAAAAUGAAAUGAGCGGAGAUGCUUUGCUGAUCUCUUUAGUUCGUGAUUAUCCUUAUUUAUAUAAUAAGGAGUUGACUGAUUUUAAAGAUAGCCUCAAAAAACAGAAUGCUUGGGUAGAAAUAGCAAGUGUCAUGGAUAUGACAGUGGAAGAUUGUCAAUCUAGAUGGAUGCAACUGAGGCAACGCUAUUCACGUGAAAAAAAACAACAACAAGAAGAAACAACCACCGGAAGUGAAGCAUCAAAAAGAAAAACAUUUGAAUUUUUUGACAAUAUGCAAUUCCUAGAACGAUUUGUUAAAAGGAGAAAAACGAUGACCAACAUAUACAAGAUGAAAAACAAAAGUGUAUCUCAGGUAAUAGGAUCUUCAAAUCUACAAAAGAAUUUUGACUCACACGAUAAAAAAGAAAAUAAUUCAUCUUCUCAAAAUGUGGCUACUUUAAAUAAACCGUUAAUAAAAAGCAUCGUAGAUUUAACAAGUGACAGCGCGCAGCAUAUAGGUAAUGACUCUUUAAGUCCGGAUUUGCACUCAAAUGUACCUGGCAGCUCUUCUACAUCUGCAGUAAAUGUCUCUGGACAUACGGGGGGCAAAGAUUUAAUUGGAAAACAGAUAAAGCCAAAAGGAAAAUCCCAGCCGGAUGUUCUAGAAAAUGCCAUUUGUAAAGUUACUUCUUUAUUAGAGAACAGAUGUGCUCCAGUUUUUUCAUCGCCGUCAUCUCUAAAGCCGGAAAUAGAAGUAGAUUUGGCAUUUUGUCAAUUAAUACUUUCAUUAUUUAUCAGUAUGCCCCAAUGUGCAAAGGCAGACAAAAUGAAAGAAAUAAUGCGUAUUUUAUUUGAUUAUUAAUUGCUAUAUCUUAUAUGACAUUCUACUUUUUUUAUAUGAUAUAUAAUUAUUAGUAAUAUAUAAGUUAAAUGUUUUAAUGCAACAUGUAAUAAUUAUGGUACGUCAUUUUAAGUUAAUUUUUAUAAUGCAACAUGUGAUAAUCAUGGUACGUUAUUUUAAGUUUAUUUUUAUAAUGCAACAUGUGAUAAUCAUGGUACGUUAUUUUAAGUUUAUUUUUAUAAUGCAACAUGUGAUAAUUAUGGUACGUUAUUUUGAGUUUAUUUUUAUAAUGCAACAUGUGAUAAUCAUGGUACGUUAUUUUAAGUUUAUUUUUAUAAUGCAACAUGUGAUAAAUAGUGAUACAUGUUAAGUUAUUUUUUUUAUGUAACAUGCAAUUAUUACUGAUAAGAUAUAUUAAUUUUUAAUGCAACACAUGUGAUAAUUAGUGGUACAUGUUAUGUUUAUUUCUUUUAUGCAAUAUGUAACGAGUGACACAAAAUGUUAUAUUUAUUUUUUUUAUGCAAUGUAAUAAAUCGUUUUAUUAUAACAUAAGCAUAUGUUUACAUAAAUAUAUAUAUUUAAUUUUCAA